AUGGCAACGGGCGGUCCGGCAGGAGCUGGCGCUGCCACAGCAGCCGGCGAUUUGGCAGCGGUGUUCGCACAAAUGGCACACUUGUUGGAAGCACAACAACAAGCCCAAAAAGCACUCCUCGAGCAGCUUGUGCGGCCGCGAGACGGCGAGUUCCUGAUGGAAACACUUUCCAAAACCCUGACGGAAUUUGCCUACGAUCCUCAGCACGGUGUUGUCUUCGACAAGUGGUAUGCCCGACACGAAGAGGUGUUCACUAAAGGCGGAGCGAACCUAGAGGAUCCUGACAAAGUACGACUCCUGUUGCAGAAGCUGAGUUCUGUAGACCACGAUCGUUACGUAAAUUACGUUUUGCCGAGGAACCCACGAGAUAUUCCGUUUGCGGAGACGGUGGACACACUCAAGGAAAUGUUCGGUCAUCAAACAUCCGUUUUCUUCCGACGGUUCCAGUGCCUGCAAACGUGCAAACGCGAUACGGAGGACUUUGUUACCUACGCAAAUUUCGUCAACAAAGCUUGUGAGGAAUUCAACGUCAACACGAUCACUCCGGAUCAGUUUAAAUGUUUGAUUUUUGUUGCUGGUCUACGGUCGGAGAAGCAAAAGGAUAUCCGUACGAGAUUAUUGGCCAAGAUGGAAACUGAUUCUGCGGCAGAUCCGAUGACGUUAAAGAAGCUGCUUCUGGAGUGCCAGCAUCUGGACAAUUUGAAACACGACACUGCUGUAAUCGAAUGUCCGAAGCCGCUCAGUCACGCGGUGCACCGACGCGAAUCCGGUGAUGCUGGAAGAAAGUUCUCCGAGAAAACUUCAGUACCCUCGAAAGCUCCACGACGUCCGCGCUGGCAGUGCGGACAAAUGCACUUUGUUGCAGAUUGUUCGUACACAAAUCACACCUGUCGAAGCUGCGGAAAAGUGGGCCAUAAAGAAGGUUAUUGCGGAUGUUUUUCGAGAAAACCGGAUGAAGCAGGCAGCGAUCCGAAGCAAUCGAAUGCGGAAGGCAGGAAGAAGAAAAAGAAGCAGAAGAAGGAACAGUGCAACGGAAGCGGAAAGUCGAAGGGCAUUUAUGCAAUCAACGAGGCUGGUUUUGCCAAUCGUAGGAAAUACGUGGAGGUUUUUAUCAACAACAAGCUCAUCGAACUGCAGCUCGAUUGUGGAUCCGACUACACAAUCAUAUCGGAGGAUUCACUACCAUCGUUGAACGACCCCAAAGUGCAGCCAACGAACCUGAAGGUGGCCACAGCAUCGAGCAAGCCGCUACCUUUAUCAGCCGAGUUUCCAUGUCAGGUUACGUUCAGAGGAAUCACGAAGCAAUCGGUUUGUUACGUGACGUCGGUGCAAGGUUUCAACGUUCUUGGCAGCGAUCUGAUGGAUGCUUUCGGCUUGUACGACAUGCCGAUCAAUUCCUACUGUAAGCAGCUCACAGCAGCAGAAGAUCGAGAGGCGAAUAACGAAGCCCUGAAAGCAAAGUAUCCCGAGGUAUUCCGCGACGGACUUGGACUGUGUUCGAAGGUUAAAGUGAAGCUUUUUCUCCUGCCGGGGGCCAAACCGGUAUUCAAACCGAAGCGACCGGUCCCUUAUCAUUCGCAGCGGCUGGUGGAAAAGGAGCUUCAAAGACUAGAGGACCUAGGAGUGAUCGAACCAGUGGACUUUUCUGAAUGGGCGGCACCCAUAGUGGCCGUUCGUAAAGCGCAAAAGGAUGCUGAUGGUGACCCUGUAGUCCGAAUAUGCGCGGAUUACUCCACCGGCUUGAACGCAGUGUUGGAACCUAACAAGUAUCCGUUGCCCACUCCGGACGAGAUAUUCGCAAAGCUAGCUGGCAGUAAAUACUUUAGUAUUCUGGAUCUGUCUGAUGCUUAUUUGCAAAUAGAGGUAGAGGAAGAGUCACAAACGCUGUUAACGAUAACGACACACAAAGGGCUUUUCAAAUGCAAACGGCUACCUCCUGGAGUAAAAUCUGCCCCGGGUGCCUUUCAGAAAGUCAUCGAUAGCAUGAUUGGCGAUUUGGAAGGAGUUGAAUCAUUUCUCGAUGAUGUGCUAGUGCACGGGAAGACACCAGAAGAGCACGACCGGAACCUGGAUCUCAUCCUCCAGCGGAUUCAGGAGUACGGAUUCCGGCUCAAGUUGGAUAAAUGCCGCAUCUACAUGACCGAAGUUAAGUACAUCGGACAUAUCGUGGACCAAAACGGUAUCCGGACAGACCCGGAGAAAGUGUCCGCGAUCGUCAAGAUGCCUCCACCACGGAAUGUCACGGAACUGCGUUCAUUUUUGGGCGCAGUGAAUUACUACGCAAAGUUCAUCAACGAAAUGCAUCAGUUGCGUAGGCCCUUGGAUCAACUGCUCCAAAAAGACGCCAAAUGGAUGUGGUCCAAGGAGUGCCAAAGUUCGUUCACGCGGUUCAAGGAACUUCUGCAAUCGGAUUUGAUGUUGACGCACUACAACCCGUCAAUGCCAAUUGUGGUCGCGGCAGAUGCAUCGAAUACAGGCAUCGGAGCGUGCAUCAGGCAUCGGUUUCCCGGGGGCGCCGAGAAAGCAGUGCAGUAUGCUUCCCGAACCUUGACGCCAACUGAACAAGGCUACAGUCAGAUCGACAAGGAGGCCCUUGCUCUGGUAUACGCCGUCACAAAGUUUCACCGUAUGAUACUGGGACGACCGUUUGUGCUGGAGACCGACCACCAACCGCUUCUUCGGAUUUUUGGGUCACAUAAAGGAAUUCCGGCCCACACAUCGAACAGGUUGCAGCGGUGGGCAUUGACCUUGCUUUGUUAUGACUUCCACAUUGAAUAUAUCAACACGACGAAGUUUGGAUACGUUGACGUGCUCUCAAGGCUCAUCGACUGUACAGUGAAACCGGAAGAAGAUUAUGUGAUUGCAUCAGUUCGGCACGAGGAAGAUGUUUCGGCGGUUUUGGAGGAAGCUGUUGAUUCAAUCCCAAUCACCGCGAAGAAGAUUGCUGCAGCUACGGAUCGAGAUGAAACACUCAAGCAAGUUGUACAGUUCCUGCACUCUUCGUGGCCAACCAAAGCUUCGUACCAAAUCAACCCGGAGUUGACAGCGUUCUACAACCGGAAGGACAGUUUGACCACCGACGAACCGACGUGA